UUUGACAAAGCUUGAUUUCGCCUCCAAUCAGCAGGGAGAUAAGAGCCCUCGGUACAAGUGUGCAGGCAGUUUGGCAGCUGGGGCUGCCGAUUUAAUAGGUGAAUCUACAGGAACAACACUUGAAAAUCCCCUGGCUAGUGAACCAUUAAGGUGAGCCCUGCCUUCCGUCCCCGCGCUCCCUCUCUGCGCCGCUCUCCCGUUGCUGGGUGCUAAAGCAAACCCCAGCUCUGUUUACCGAGUCUACUAUUACAAUACAGCUACCAAAUAUUUGCCAGCCGUCAGCUCGCCGCUCCGCUAUAAAUACUUCAGGCCCAGGUGGAGGGACAGCGAGGGGAAGAGAGGCGCGGGAGCCUAUGCAUGGCCUGUCGGCAGCGCUGAGGGUGAGUCGGGGCCCCACGUGCACCGCCAUGGCUGCGGGCGUCAUCCGGCACCUGGCCGAGCUGCGGCUGCCCUCGCCGUUCCCGCAUGCCCUGCUGCUGCCCACGCGCCCCGAGCCCGACUUCCCCGACCUCUCUGAGGAGGAGGAGGAGGAGGAGGAGGACGAGGACGAGGAGGAGGAGGAGGAGGAGGAGGAAGAAGAGGAGGAGGCAGCAGAGGGCACCAGCCGCAGCGGGCAGGAGCUCGCCGGCCCCAGCGACGCGGAGACCACGCUGCGGCUCCUCAAGUUUUCGGAGCUCAUCAGCUGCGACAUCCAGCGGUAUUUCGGGCGGAGGGGCCGGGACGAGGACGCCGAAGGCUGGGGCACCGCUGAGGACUGCCGCUCACCCCGCCGCUCCGGCCGGGAGCUGUACUACGCCGAGCUGCUGCGCGCGGCGCAGAGCGGUGAGCCCCAGGAGGAGGUGGCGCGGGCGCCCGGGGGGCCGCGGGGCUGGCAGCCGGCGGGCGGCCCCGGUGGUGCCCCGCCGCUGGGGCCGCUGGCCGAGCUCUUCGAGUACGGCCUGCACCGGUGCCUCCAGCCCCCGGCGGCGGACGGCAAGACGCAGCGGCUGGAGAGGAAGUACGCCCACAUCACCCCCAUGCACAAGAGGAAGCUGCCACAAUCCUUCUGGAGGGAGCCAGGCCCCGGCCCCGCGCUGCACCCCAGCACCCCCGACUUCAGCGACCUCCUGGCCAACUGGACGGCGGAGCCGGCGCCAGAGCUGCCGGGCGCCGGGCGGGAGCUGCCGCCGGAGCCGGGCCGCCCGGGGCUGGAGGCCGAGCACCUGGGCCUGCUGUGACAGCAGCCAGCCCCAGCCUUUGUGCUCGGCCCACGAGAGCUGGCGUCCCGCAGCGCCCCGGCCCUGCCACGCACCGCCCGGUUAAUGAUAAACCCUGCCCUUUCCGCGUGGGUCCCGGCGCCAGCUGCGAGGGCACCCGCAGCCCCAGAGCUGGCGGGUCGGAGCCGGCGCUGGGACGAGUGAAUAAACGGCUCCUCGCAAGGCGCGAGUGCGUGCGGUGUCCUUCGCCGCCCAGACGGCGCCCGGGACAGCGACGGGGCGCUGGGACCCACGGUGCCGGGCGGGUGCCAUGGGAUGCCCACCACAGUGGACCCAGGGGGCCUGGGGAGCCCCCCGUGCCCCGCGCGCCCUGCAGAGGGGCCGCCAGCUUUAUCUGGCAGCAGGAAGCGGAGGGUAGCGAGGCGACCGGCGGAGCCAACAGCCCGUGUUUACUCUGCAGGCCGGAGCCGGUGAAUCCCAUUGCCUUAUCGCAGCAGCGCGAGGGCAAAGGGUAACGCGGGGCCUCAUAAACCGUGCGGCUGCCGGCCCUGGAGACGUGCUGCCCGCCCCGGCGAGCUGGGCUGCACAAGGUGGGCACCCACCGCCACCGCCAACCAGGCCG